AUGGACUCCAAGUUGUUGGAGAUCCUGGACGAGUGGGAGGAGGGAAUGUUUAUGUUCCCUGAGCUGCUCGCAGAAGCGUACACCACGUUUCUCGGGCAGCUCAUCAGCUCGUCCGCGGCAGAGCGGCGUGACCCUCGUGUCAUUCCUUUCCUGCUCGCCGGCUACCUGGCCUACCUCAAGGACCAGAAGGGGGCGGACCCACAUGCCGCACUGACCUACCGCAUGGCCUUGGCCAUGGUCGGGUGUGGUUCAAACGUGACACCCUAUCCAGCCGCUCCACCAACAAGACCCAGUACGCCUCCAGCGACGGCCGCCUUGCCACGCCCAUCCACGCAACCGGCCAAGGCCGCCAAGUCACAGGCUGACACACCCCCGGCACGGCCUGCCACGCCAGAUUUUUGGCCUUUGACGCCAUCUCAGCCCUUUACGCCCCCUGCAGAGCUUUCCUCGCCAUCUAGACCCCAAAGGCUUCGGUCACUCUCCCCUCAACCAGCCCCCUCGAAACCCCGGUCUCCCUCGCCAGAGGUCGCCAAGCGACCCAGGGAGGAGGAGGAGGAAGAGGUGGCAGAGGAAGACAGGCCUACCUUAGAGGUCCUUCAGACAAGGGAGAGGGUACUCAAGCGGUUUAAAGAUACAAGGUUCCGCGAGGAAGUGAUUCAAAUUAAAGGAUUAGGUGGGUCAUUGCCCUCUGAACAACUUAUGAUCGAUAUGUUUGACACGAUUCUCAAGCGGCAGCGUGAGGCUACGCAUGCAAAAGAUGACGACAGAGUUAUUUUGGAAAUUCAACCCUCAGAGGAUACACAAAACCCUCUGUGGUUUUCGAUGAGACGUGCCGAUCAAUUUUCAGGUCAAGUCAUUAUUGACAAAUUGUCUCGUGUUUUGAACAGCAACCAAAAUUUUAUUUCCUCAGAAGGUACGCUGACAGUCAGCUACAUUCACAUUCCGAUUCCUGAGGCAGGAGGUCGUCGCACCAAACGAGUCCCCAAUGAGACCAUUGCUCAAUGGCUUGUGCGAUUCAUCGACUCGUCGACCAUUUGGUCUCCAGACAACACGGACGACAACAUGUGCCUCGCUCGUUGCGUGGCCGUGGCCAUGGCGCGGGGAUCAAUGCACCGCCAAGCUUUCUAUAAAAUGAAGCAGCGUGAUUCGAACCCUCAGAGAGAGAAAGCUGAGAAGUUGUGCGAAUUAGCACACAUUGAUCCCCAGAAAGAAUGUGGCUUAGAUGAGGUACGCCAGCUCCAAGACGCACUUCCCGAUAUACGUCUUAGUGUUUUCACUGACAAAAAGGGACAAACGUGUGUUUUCAAAGGAGAGUAUAGCGCUGGUCGUAAAAAUGUUUAUCUUCUCCUGCAUGACAAACACUUUUAUGCUAUCUUUUCCCCAUGCCAGGCGUUUGAGUACAGGUAUGAGUGCGUCAAGUGUGUUGCUUUUUACAACAAUCAACAAGACCACAAAUGUGAAGGAGUAUGCUGGCGUUGUUUCGGUUCUGACGACCACUCUGACCCUACACUCCAAUUGCGCCGCUGUGAAGACUGUGGUCACCAGUUUGCAGGUGAUGCCUGUUAUGACUAUCAUAGGACAGUCAAACUUGUCAACAGUGACAUGACCAAGUGCCAGACUUUUCGAUUCUGCACAAAGUGUAAGAAAAGUUUCUCUUUGAAACGGGGGUUAGUUCACGUUUGUGGCACUGUCUACUGUAAAUACUGUAAAAAUAAUGUCAAGGAAAACCAUUUGUGUUUCAUGACAAACUGGUCAGAAAAGGAGUUAAAGAAGGGGUGGCGCCGGGUUUCUAUUUGGUAUGAUUUAGAAUCGACACAAUGUGAUUCACUUGAUGACAAUGACAACAUCUUUGAACAUAAACCUAAUCUUCUGGUGUCCCAGGCGGUUUGUGAUACAUGUGCACACGUGUCGCAAAAUGAUCACUUCUGCACAACAUGUCAAACUCGCCAGCACAUUUUUCACAACAUGGAUGAUAAAAACAUAAACGUUGUGGGACAGUUUAUCGACUAUCUACAGUCCUUCCCAGCAAAGGUUGAGCUCUUGAUUACAGCACAUAACGCAAAGUCGUAUGACUCAGUGUUCCUUUUGCAGGAAAUGAUAAAGAGACAGUUAAAGCCUGAACUUGUCCUCCAAGGGUCAAAAAUUAUCAGCAUGACUCUGGGUAACUGGAAGUUUAUUGAUUCCUUAAUGUUUUUAACUAUGCCCCUCUCUGCUAUGCCGAAAAGUUUUGGAUUCGAAGAGCUCAAAAAGGGUUAUUGGCCCUUCUUGGCCUGUAAACCAGAGUUUUACAAUUAUGAGGGACCGUUACUUGACCGCGAGCUCUAUUGUGUCUCAGGAAUGAGGGGUAAAGCAGCUGAUGAAUUCAAUCGCUGGUACGAUGAAAAAGUCAAAAACAAUUACGUUUUUAACUUCAGGAGGGAAUUUGUCGAAUAUUGCAUAUCAGACACUACUAUACUACGUCUUGCUUGCCAGGCCUUCCGCAAACUCUUUGCAGAACAUGCAGGUUUUGACCCUAUGGUCCAGUGUAUAACUUUAAGCAGCGCAUGUAUGGCUGCAUUUCGAAGAAAUUUUCUUCAAAAGGACACUAUUGGGAUUGUUCCUCCCGGAGGGUACCAUGGGCGGGGAAAACAGAGCCACAUAGCUUUGAAAUGGCUAGAUUAUGAAUCUCACAAAUUGGGCAGAGUCAUUAAAACGAUCUAUACAGACCGUGAAGUCUCUAUCAUGGGGCGGCGAGUAGACGGAUAUGUGGAAAUUCCAAAGAGAAAUGGCACUCUAGAGAAACGUAUAUACCAAUUUCACGGCGAUUAUUGGCACCAAUGCCCUAUACACUUUCCUCCUGGUCCUGAGUGUGGAGAGAAUCGCCUAGAACAAACCCGCAGACUGACUGAAAUGUUCAGAGAGGCAGGUUACACAGUCAUUGAGAAAUGGGAGUGUCAGUUUAACUCAGACCUUCAGAACGACGCUGACACUCAAGCCUACUUCAACACACAUCCUACAGUGCGAGUGCCUCCUCUCUCCCUUCGCGAUACUCUCGCGGGCGGGCGCACCAGUGCAUUACGCUGGUAUCAUGAAGCGGAUAUUAAGAAUGGGGAAAAAAUAAAGAUGGCUGAUGUUAUUUCAGAAUAUCCUAAUGCUAAUCUUCGUGGGAAAUAUCCCUACGGCCAUCCCCAAAUAUUUCUCGAGGGAGAUCCUGACAUGCCUUCCGUAGACGAAUGGAAUGGGAUGGUAAAAUGUACCAUUCUGCCACCACGAGACCUUUUCCUACCAGUUCUGUGGUACAAGGCAAAUGGGAAGCUCCUGUUUCCAUUGUGUCGCACUUGCGUUGAGGAAGAGAGCAAGGAAGUGUGCAAGCACGACGACCCCACACUACGCCAGUUGACCGGAAGCUGGUGUUCUCCGGAGCUACAGCUUGCUAUCAAGGAAAAGGGUUAUAAACUCAUAGCUGUCCAUGAGGUUUUGUUGUACCCUGGGACAAUGGAAUUUGACCCAAAAUCGGGUAAGGAUGGACUCCUUUCAGCUUACGUGAGGUGUUUCAUGGCUUUAAAAAUUGAAGCCAGUGGCUGGCCUCCUAACUGCACGACAGAUGAGGAGAAAAAAGAGUUUGUUGCUGACGUUCUCAAACAUGAUGGCAUCACUAUCAACCCCGAAAACAUGAUAUACAGGCCAGCUCUUAGGGUUCUAAGCAAGCUUAUUUUGAACAGCUUCUGGGGAAAGUUUGGAGAAAGGACUUUGCGCCCUAAGACAGAGCUUAUAUAUGAUUACUCAGAGCUUAUCAGAAUUGUCUUGGAUCCCACUAGGAAAGUACGAGCGAUUGUACCUCAAGGGGAGACCUGUCUUCAGGUCAAUUGGAUCCCCAUAGAGGAUACGGAAGUGUCUCUUCCAACCUCCUCCCUCCUCCAUGCAGCGUUUACUACCUGCUUCGGACGUCUACAACUUUACAAAUACCUAGACAUCGUGGGGAAGAGGGCCCUGUACCACGACACAGACAGCGUAUGUUACAUAAGCCGCCCUAACGAGCCUGAUCUAACCGUGGGUACACACUUAGGAGAUUUAACUGACCAAAUAGAAGAAGAGUACGGCCCAGGAUCCUUUAUUACUCAUUUUUGCGCCGGCGGCCCUAAGAAUUAUGGUUACAUCGUGGCGGUAGGGGGUGACCAUUCAAACACUAAGGUCUGCAUUAAGGUGAGGGGGAUAAGUAUAAAUAAGUCCUGUGAUCACUUGGUCACCUUUGACAACCUAAAAGCGAUGGUGAUGGGGGAAAAAGAAAAUGUCGUGGUCCCCAUUCCACGCCAAAUCGCUAGACUUUCCUCGUGGAAAAUUGUCACUCGUCCAAGCAGCAAAAACUGGAAAGCUGUAAAUACAAAGCGGCGCCGGGUGGGCGUCGAACUCACAGUACCUCUCGGUUACAAUGCCUGGGGCGAUGACGCCGACGAGGAGACACUAGAAAGAAUGGACGACUUGUACACGGCCUAA